AUGGAGGCUUCACAACAAACAGCGUGGCACAACAUUUUUAAACCUCCACCUGGCAGAGUCACGCGAUUCCACCAGGUGUACCACACAUGGUCCGUCUUCUCCUUACAGUGCAGUGUGUCUGUGAUCAGGUGGAGGAGGACAGGACAGGCGUGGCCCCGCCCACUCACUCACCCACCGGGCAAACUAACUCCUGUCAGGCAGGAGCAGCGGUUUGUCAGUCACUCAGUCACAGCACAGAGAGGAGGAGGAGGAGGAAGACAGCGUCAACAGUCUCCAGAGUUCCAGAGACACAGUGAGGACAUCCCUGCUUCUGUGGACAAGACAGAAGACAACGUCACUGCAAACCAGCCGGGUUCGGAGUGCGAGGAGAAUCCCGGACUGUGGCGUUUCGCCGUUUGGAGCAAGGAGCUGACCUUUGAACUCCAGCAGCUGCAGAGACGCACAGAGCAGGAGCUCUGCAACAUAAACACACAACUCCUACAAAUUGAAGGUCGCCGUCAGCUGCUAAACUCUGAGCUCUUACAUCUUCACAAGAAGAAGAAGCAGAACGAGGAGGAACUGAGGAGAAGCUCCAGCCUUCCGAGCACCACUUUUCAGUUGUGUGCUCUUCACGAGCUUCAGGCCUCCAUCACCGAGUGUUUGGUCCAGUCUGAGGGGCUGGUGUUCCAGGAGGAGGCACUGUGCGCACUCCGAGACCUGCUGAGCCAAGACCUGCAGACGUACCAGGAGGAAACAAAGAGACUGACCCGAUUCACACGGAGAGUUCUCCAACCAUCCCACCGGUCAGAGGGAGAGGACGCCUUCACUCACAGACGUGGUGACCAAAGCAUGCAGGGAAAGAACGAGACGGGACAGAACAAUAACAUGACCACCAACAAGGAAGAGGCUGAGCAGUUUUGGAAAGCCACUUAUAUGAAACCGUCCACAGGCUUGUCCCGUAGCUCGAACCUCCGCCGAGCCAGUAGCAUCAAGGACCUGAUUAACAAAUUCUCUGGUUCAGAGUAUGUCUCUUCUUACGGGACUCUUCAAAGUCCUACGUCUGGAGUGGGACGGAGCCCUAGGUGGGUCUCCAUGGAGGCCCUCCACUCUACAAAGUCCAGCACAUCAAGCAAAGUCGAUGGUCCGAUUCCCUCCAUCAAAGUGAUUCCUCCACUCAAAGAAACCAUCAAAGAUGAGGACAAGUCUGCUGCGAGAGAUGCCAAAGCUACUCAGAUCACUGCGAGAAUGGAUUGUUCAGUAGAAGACCGUGUUGAAAGUGCGGACCCCCUACCAAGGAACAAAGCUCAAACCAUAGUGGACUCUGGUAGAAACUCCAUGGCCGACUCUGGAAUGGGAUCGGAGUCUGAAUUUGAGCUGAACAAGCAGCCUGACAGCCCGACAGAGGAGGAGCCAUCCACACCCAGAGUCACGUCCGCCAGCCAGAACCCCAAAUAUCAGCUGUUCCUCAACAAUGACCUGAGGACCAAUGACCUGAAGACCAACGGACUGAGUGGCGGCAAGAACACGGAUGCCCCGGGAGCCGGCGGGUCAUCGGGGGAGAACGGUCCCAGACUGGCCCGGUGGGAGACGACCCGGCUGGGGCAGAACCAGUACAGAGGCUCCCUGGAGUCCCUGACCUCACGGGACUGGGACACGAUGUCUGACAGGUUAUUGGACCGUACCCUCUUUUGGACUAAACACAAAUUUAAGCUGGGUGUCGUUGACAGUCCUCCUCGAGUCUUCAACAGUCCGUAUACUACGACCGCCUCCAUGGAUUAUAAUCCCGUGUAUCGAAUGUCAGAGUACAAGGUGCAGAGUGGACUGUCUCCUGCCACCUCAGAGAUGAACCUGUACAGCAUGAACAACCGCAGCACGAGUCCAGUGGGCAUCAACACCUCGGCCAACCUGACCACGCAACGCUCGCGGUUCUCCACCUACGACACUCUGAGGAGGAGGCCAGAGGUCAACGUCCCUCAGGUGGUGUCCACACAUUACAGCUUACGCUCCGCCACUCUGGGUGGGCCCAACAAAAAGGACUACAUCGAGGAACUAACCAAACAACUGGACGCCUGUCAGAAGCGAAACCAGUUCCUCGAGGCAGAGAGUGUGGAGAUGGAGAAGGAGAGAAACCAGAUCAGGUUUGAGAUGCGCGGUCUCCUGGUGAACAACGAGGACCUUCUGAGGACAAACGCUCAACUGUCCAACGAGAUGAAGAAGAUGAGGGAGCAGAUGAUAGAGAUGGAGAGAGAGAACCAGCUGAUGGGCGAGAAGUACAGAGAGAUGGAGGUGGAGGUGAGACAGGCACGGGACAUUAUGGUGGAGGCCAACACUCAGGAGUACGCCUUCAACUUCCUGCAGCAGUCGCUGAAAAACAAGAUCCAGGACGCGGAGGAAAACCUGGAGAAGCAGACGCAGCACGCUCAGACUCUGGGUGAGAAGUUGUGGCUGGCAGAGCGACAACUGGAGGAGUUUGAGGUGGACAAAGAAACCAAAGACAAGAAGACGUCUGAGCUCAACAGCACCAUCAUCAGGCUGGAGACAGAGCUCAGCGAGGCCGUGCAGGUGUCCACGCAGGCCGUGGCGGAGAUGAACCUGCAGAAGAAGCUGCGUGACGACGCCCACCUGAGGGUGGAGGAGCUGGAGGAGGCUCUGCUGGAGAAGGACCAGGAGGUGCAGAAGCUGCAGAUCCUCGUCAACAGACUGCAGGGAGAGGUCUCUGGUAAGCUGAUCGACAAGGAGCGGACUCUGGAGGAGGAGAUCCAGCUCAGAGAGAGACUCCAGCUGCAGUGUAAACAGGCGGAGAGGACGGUGGACGACCUGCAAAUGGAGCUGCAGGGCGUGAACCAGGCCAGAGACGACCUGUCCAAACAACUCAAACAGGCUCAGGAGAAGAUGAUCGACCUGGAGAGCGAUCUGGAGGAGCUGCAUGACAGCGAGCAGCGAUGGGCCGCCAAACACAAGAGAACCAUCGAGCAGACGGAGCAGCUGCAGCUGAAGCUGAUUCAGGAAAAGGAUCUAAACGAUCAGCUGGAAACUGAUAAAGUUGUGAUGGAGAGACAGUUGCGCGAGCUGCGUCUGGAGGUGGACGAGCUGCAGAGCUCCAGAGUUCAGGAGGACGUCAUCUCCAGGGCCGAGAGCAGAGUCAAAGAGCUGGAGAACUUCCUGAGGACUGAGGAGCGGAACAAGGCUGUCCUCACUAACACCAUCAGUAAACUGGAGAGGAGAAUCAACGAGCUGAGUGAUCAGAUGGAGGAGGAGCACAGAAUAUCCACUGAGCAAAAAGAUCUGAUGAACCAGAGGAUCCGCUCCCUCAAGCGUCAGCUGAACGAGACGGAGGAGGAGGCGAGCAGGAAGGAGGCGCAGUAUCGUCACACCCAGAGAGAACUGACCGAGGAGAGGGAGACCAGCAGCCGCCUGCAGAGGCAACUGCUCGACCAGCACCUGCAGUCAAAACGUAAGGAAGCUCUGACCAUUCGUCAGACUCUUGAUAACCUGAGGCUGGACCUGAGCGUCGACGAUGAAGAUGAAGAACAGCAGCAGCAGCUGCCGCCGUCUAAGGAGCAGACAGAAAAUGUCUCCAACGUGUGAACCUGUAACACUCACUCACUCACUCACUAAAACAUAAAUCUGUAUAUAAAUGUCUAAUUUUAAUAGACUCUCAGCCGAUGUGACGGCACACAAAAUUAUACCAGGAUUUAUUAUUUUUCUGUUGUGUUUUGUUCACCAAUAAUAAUUAUUGAUAAUAAUACAUUACAAAGCUAAUUUGGUAAUAGAAUAAAAUAAGUUUUUAUCAAAUUUCUGUGUAAAUUCAUCAGAAUUUAAUUAACAAUUCUCCAUAAAUGUUCAUUAUUUAUCGCCCUCUCCUGGUGGUCUACAGGAAAUACAACACUAAGCCAUUUUAUUUCCAUUGGAUACACUUUUGAUAUAAAAGCACUUUCAUAUGAAGUGUUGCUUUCAAUUUGUUUGUUUUUUUUUGGCCACAAGGAUGGUGUUUUUUUUUUUUUCACGUACAAAGUUACGAUUCUCUUCUGUUUUCAAAACCAGUAUUUAUCGGACUCAGCGUACAUAAUCCUAUAGAUUUUUGAGUGACCAAACGGGAAUCUCUUUAAAAACCAAAACAUAUCAACAUGAAGCAGAGAGAAACUAAAUAUGACUCGCUUUAUUGUCACAGCCACCAUUUAACAA